AUGUAUUCCGACGGCCACGAGGUGGACGGCAGCUGGGUGCUGCGCGUCUACGUGACGGACCUGCAGGUCGAGAGGAGUUUACGUGUCAAGGGAGAACGUAGCACAUCGGUGGUGGUCAUGCUACGCCUCGUGGAGAUCUUGCGCAAACCUUUAAUCACCGCCGUAGGCAUCAGGCAUCCAGAGGAGCUCUCGUUCUGCAAGCCACUCGAGCCGAAUCACUUGAAAUAUAAUCUUAAAGAUCUGCCGGCCAAGAAGAAAGUUGAAAAUCAGAAGAAUGGGCACUGGCCGGCCGACACGAAUACCUUCAUCCCGGCUAGCCAGAGUCCCAGAGGAUCCACGGGAAGCUUAGAUCAGUCGAGUCCGUUUAUGUGUGCCCCGGUUACGCCCAACAACAGAAAUCACAGCACACCGAUCAGCUCUCCUGUCUCGCAUACCGGCACGUGGAAGAGGAACAACAAUUCUUCUGGCUUCGGCAGCACCGGCUCCUUCAACGCCAAUAACAGCACUAUGAGUCUCGAGGCAUUGAACGGCGGGCUGUCGGAGUCCUUGGCGCAAAGUCCGACAUCGAUUUCGCCAGAGGUGCGGGUGAAAUUGAUCAGGCCGAAGAGCCUGAUCGAGAGGGCGAGGAUGAACGUCGCCUGGUUGGACUCCUCCCUAUCGAUUAUGGAGCAGGGCAUCCGCGAAUUCGACACGCUCAGACUGAAGUUCAAAUUCUACUCCUUCUACGAUCUGAAUCCGAAGACCGACGCGGUGCGCAUCAAUAUGAUUUACGAGCAAGCUAAAUGGCAAUUGCUUGCGGAAGAAAUCGACUGCACCGAGGAAGAGAUGCUGAUGUUCGCGGCGCUUCAGGUACAAGUGAAUCUUCAGGCGAGCGUGCCGCAACCUACGUACGACAGCAACGGAGCAACUUCACCCGUCGAGGAUGACAUCGAUGCGGCCUUGACGGAUCUGCAGGUGACCCUCGAGGGUAGUAACAUCAGCAACGGGCCCAGCGAUAUCACGCAAGUGCCCGAGCUCUGCGACGAGCUGCGUUUCUUCAAGCCGAAGCGCUUCACGCUGAAGGCCUUCAAGCGUUAUUGGUUCACGUGCCGUGAUCUCCAGCUCAGGCUGUACAAGAGCAGAGAGGAGGCGGGCGGCUCGGAGUCGCCGGUCUACGUGAUCAAUUUGCGCGGCUGCGAGGUCACACCGGACGUACAUCUGUCGCAAGGUCGCUACGGGAUAAGAUUGGAGGUGCCCAGCGCUGAAGGCAUGACCGAGAUGUGGAUCAGAUGUGAUAAUGAACAACAAUACGCAAAGUGGAUGGCCGCAUGCAGAUUAGCGGCCAAGGGCCGUACCCUCGCCGAUGCGUCAUACGAGAGUGAGGUAAACAGUAUCACAGCUUUUCUGCAAUUACAGAGGCCCGCGCCCGCACCGGCCAUCAAUCCGAAUGCUUUAGACAUCACACCAGAAGACUACGUCGCACCUAGAUUCGCGAAGAAGUUCAAAGGAAAGUUGGUCCAGAGGAUUUUGGAAGCGCACGCGAACGUUAAGGACCUACCCCUCAUCGAAGCGAAGCUGAAUUACAUCAAGGCCUGGCAGUCCCUGCCGGAAUACGGUAUCUCGCUCUUUAUCGUGCGAUUUACCGGCAAGAACAAGGAUGAAUUACUAGGUAUUGCCAAUAAUAGGCUAAUGCGAAUGGAACUUCACAGUGGCGAUCAUCUAAAGACUUGGAGGUAUAACACCAUGAAGGCGUGGAAUGUUAACUGGGAAGUAAAGCACAUGAUGGUACAAUUCGAGGAAGAGAACAUCAUUUUCGAAUGCCAAUCAGCAGACUGCAAAGUUGUUCACGAAUUCAUAGGAGGCUAUAUCUUCCUGUCGAUGCGCUCGAAAGAGGCGAAUCAGACGUUGAACGAGGAAAUGUUUCACAAGUUAACCGGUGGAUGGGUUUAAUCCAGAACUGAGAGAACGAGCAUAUAAAAUCGAAACGGGUUUUAACAUAUUCUGAGUUUGAUUGCAUCAAGCGAUGAUGCAAUACGAGCUGUGCGUUAUCUAUCAUAUGUCACGCUCGUUGCGUGCCUAUUCAAAGAUCGAUGUUUUGCAUACUGGUUGACUUGUAAAAAUACUUAAAUCUGGUCUUAUUUAUCACAUUUUAACGCUAUAUGCUGUAAAUAGAAUAUUGUGUCCAUUUUACGUGCGAGCGAAAACUUUAGCGAUUACAAUUAUUUUUAUUUUAUUCGACAGGAGGCUAUUUCAAGAUCUUUGCCUUAUCUAAAAGGUACUAACAAUGUUGAUCAAUCGUUCGAAUCAUUGCCUCUUUUCCACAAAAAACAAAUCGUUUUUUAUAUUUACAAUAAUUUUAUAAAUAGACGUCUAUAAAACUGUAUUUUAUAAAGAUGGAGGUUAUACUUUUAUAUGAAACUUUUUCUAUUUCUGAAAAAUUUAUCAUUGAAUCAAUAUAGAAAUAAAUAUGUCAAGCACGCACAAGCAAAAAUCUACAAAACAUAUCCACGUUAUGUGAGAUAGCAUUCUGAAAGCGUGAAUUUUUUUAAUUCUAAAUGCAUCGCGAAACUGAUCGCGAUUUAGACUGAUUUAUACAUUAUGGCCAUCUCAAAAGAAUUAAUCUGAAAAAAUUAAUUUCAGUCAGCGAGUUCGUUUAUGUCGCGUGAGAAACUUAAUCCUUAUAAUCUUCCCUCUCACAAUGUGUGUCAGUGUCCUCUUCAGUGUCACAAGGUGCUAUACUAACCGAGCUCGACUUUACAACGCAAGAGAUCGAAUCAUGUAAAUUAUUUGUUAUUUUAAUGUAAAUUAGAUAUAGAAAAAGUAAUGUAUCACUUAUCAUUAUGUAUUACAUUCACCGAAGAUACCCCCGUUAUAUGUGUAUGUAACCAAAAAAAGAUUAUAGUUUUGUAUAUUAAUAGGCAGUAACUGUACAAUAAACUUAUUAAUGUAUACACAA